AAGGUGUGUACUACGUCAGUUUCCCUCGAAGGGAAAGGAAACUCUUUUUAGAGGCAUUAUCUGAGAGGUAGGAGGCUAAUUGCCUUUGUCCAGUUGUGACUUGAGAACACGUGCAUCCGAGUUACCCGCGGUAUUUAAGAGCCAGAACCCCCCACCUGGCUCCACGACCUGGCGAAUGCGCUGCUGUCCUAGAGCUCAGAGCUUUGAUACAGUAUCCAGUUGGCGCUAUGGGGAUACACGGACUACUGCAGUUUAUCAAGGAAGCUUCUGAACCCAUCCACGUGAGGAAGUAUAAAGGACAGGUAGUAGCUGUGGAUACGUAUUGCUGGCUUCACAAAGGAGCUAUUGCUUGUGCUGAGAAACUAGCCAAAGGAGAACCUACUGAUAAGUAUGUAGGAUUUUGUAUGAAAUUUGUAAAUAUGUUGCUCUCUCAUGGGAUCAAGCCCAUUCUUGUGUUUGAUGGAUGUACUUUACCUUCUAAAAAGGAAGUGGAAAAGUCUAGAAGAGAAAGACGACAAGCCAAUCUUCUUAAGGGAAAGCAGCUUCUUCGUGAGGGCAAAGUCUCAGAAGCCAGAGAAUGUUUUACCCGUUCUGUCAAUAUCACACAUGUGAUGGCCCACGAAGUUAUUAAAGCUGCUCGGUCCCAGGGAGUAGACUGUCUGGUGGCUCCGUACGAAGCAGACGCGCAGCUGGCCUACCUUAACAAAGCUGGUAUUGUACAAGCUAUAAUCACAGAGGACUCUGACCUCCUCGCUUUCGGCUGUAAAAAGGUGAUUUUAAAAAUGGAUCAGUUUGGAAAUGGACUAGAGAUUGACCAGGCGCGGCUGGGCAUGUGCAGACAGCUUGGGGACGUGUUCACGGAGGAGAAGUUCCGCUAUAUGUGCAUUCUCUCGGGCUGUGACUACCUCUCCUCGCUGCGUGGGAUCGGCUUAGCGAAGGCCUGCAAAGUGCUAAGAUUAGCCAAUAAUCCAGACAUCGUGAAGGUCAUCAGGAAAAUCGGACACUAUCUUAAGAUGAAUAUAAUAGUACCAGAAGAUUACAUCAAAGGAUUUAUUCGAGCCAACAAUACCUUCCUUUAUCAGCUAGUUUUUGAUCCCAUCAAAAGGAAACUCCUCCCUCUGAAUGCUUACGAAGACGACAUUGAUCCUGAAACACUAAGCUACGCUGGGCGGUAUUUUGAUGAUUCCAUAGCUCUUCAAAUAGCCCUUGGAAAUAAAGAUAUAAACACUUUUGAACAGAUUGAUGACUACAAUCCAGACACUGCUAUGCCUGCCCAGUCAAGAAGUCAGAGUUGGAAUGACAAAACAUUCCAAAAGUCGUCUGAUUUUAAUAGCAUUUGGCAUAGGAAUUAUUGCCCUAGACUGGAGCUGGAUGUUGUUUCAAAUGCUACCAGAUUGAAGGAGAAUCCAAGUACUGUGGGCAUUGAACAGGUGAUCAGUAUUAAAGGAUUAAAUCUUCCAAGGAAGUCAUCCAUUGUGAAGAGACCAAGAAAUGAAGAGCUGUCAGAAGACGACCUGUUGAGUCAGUAUUCCCUUUCCUUGACGAAGAAGACCAAGAGAAAUAACUAUGAAGAUCCUAAAUCCUUGAACCCUUCAGAAAUGCUCCCGCCCGACCUGACGAAUGGAAGUACCGUUAGAAAAAACGGGAGCGCAGCACCUGCAACGAGAAAUAAAUUUGCGGCGUUUUUACGGAGGAAAAAUGAAGACAGUGGAGCUGUUGUGGUCCCAGGGACCAGAAGCAGGUUUUUUUGCAGUUCUCCGGAUUCUGUCGACUGUGUAUCAGUGGAAGCAAGCAGCGAGUGCCUGCAGGAAAGCGCCGUCCUGGAGGAGGAGGCAGGAAGUGAGUCAGAGCGUGUAGAUGGCAGGGCCCUGGCUGGGUCAGACGGAGCCCUUAGCUCAGGUGGUCCGACGGCAGACAGCGGAGCUGGGACGACUGACAGGGAGUCUCAGUCUUCUGAGACCAGCAGGUUCACCAGGACCAUUUCACCACCCACUCUGGGGACACUCAGAAAUUGUUUCAGUUGGUCUGGAAGUCUUGGGGACUUUUCACGAACUCCAAGCCCCUCUCCAAGCGCAGCGUUGCAGCGGUUCCGGAGGAGGACCGAUCCCCCCACCGCUCCUCCUGGCCAGAGGGAAGUGUCCCCUGGGUCGCAGUUACAGUGCGAUGGGUCAGGUGAUGAAGCCCUUCCCUUACGGCCCGCGGGGUGCUCUCCGCAGUCUCGGGAAAGUGCAGAAUUCUCGCCACGUGGUGUAAAUGCAUCAAAACUUUCUCAGCCUUCUAGUAAGGAUUCGGAUUCAGAGGAAUCUGACUGCAGUAUGAAGUCACUCGAUAAUCAAGGUAAUCCGAAAUCCAAGCUACGUUUAUCUCAGCUUUUGAAAAAAGACACACUUCUAGGAAACAAGGUUCCUGGGCUGUCUAAAUCUAGUUCUAUGGACAGUCUUUCUACAACUAAGAUCAAGCCUCUGGUUCCUGCCCGAGCCAGUGGGCUCAGCAAGAAAACAUCGAGCGUCCAGAAGAGAAAUCAUCAUAACGCAGAGAACAGGCCGGGAUUACAGAUAAAAAUCAAUGAGCUCUGGAAAAAUUUUGGAUUUAAAAAAGAUUCUGAAAAGCUUCCUUCUUGUAAGAAGCCAGAUCCCCUGUCGCCAGUCAAAGAUAACAUCCAGCUAACUCCAGAAGCAGAAGAGGAUAUAUUUAACAAAUCUGAAUGCCUGCGUGUUCAGAGAGCAAUAUUCCAAUAAACGCAGGCAGCUGGGAGGCUGUUGCCUGCAAGAGAAUAUCAAUCUGAAGUGCUGUUGGGAAUCAGCGAUUACCAGACUGAAAGAUUAAUUCGUAGACAUAUGCCAUUUUUUAAAUAGAGUGCAUUUUAUAUAUUAACCAUGUAAUUAUUUCUUUUGUUUAGCUUUUUAUAUUUUCGUAAGAAGCAAGUAGAG